AGAUUAGAGAAUCACCCAUCUUGCAGUUGUAUAUGGUCAUGAUGACAGCAGCAUACCAGGAGAUCCAUCAGACUGACGUGUGAGCUCUGCUGUAGGGGGUCUCAGAUUUUUAAAGCGCUUAAAUGCUUAAUUUAACCAUUCAAGUAUAUGAAGCUACACUCCACUCUGCCGUGCGGCUGCUUUACUUUCUGUUCGUCAAGAAAAACUUCAUGUGAAACCAGCAGAAAAGUGGUUAAAGACGGUUUCUAUCUCAACAACCACUGAAGAUUUUACCCCUCACAGCCUUGGAGACCCCCCCCCCCCACACACAACUUUUUAAACAAAACAAAAAAAACAAAAACUAUUUUUUACUGCCCCGCUCCCCAUCGAGCUGUAAAAUUUCGCACGCGGGUUUCUCCAAUUGCCGUAUAAAAGGGGGGCCAACGAAAAACGGAAAAACAUGAUGAGCAAUAAUACAUACUACGACCAGCAGCUGCCGCCGCAGUAUUACCAGGGCACCGACAACGGCGAGGACGGAGACGAGGAGAUGCCGGCCACGGAGAAGGACCUGGCUGAGGAUGCGCCCUGGAAGAAGAUCCAGCAGAACACCUUCACCAGGUGGUGCAACGAACACCUGAAAUGCAUCAACAAGAAGAUCAACGACUUUCAGAAGGACCUGAGCGACGGUCUCAAGCUCAUCGGGCUGCUGGAAGUUCUCAGCCAGAAGAAAAUGUACCGAAAGUACCACUCCAGACCCAAUUUCAGGCAGAUGAAACUAGAGAAUGUCUCCGUCGCAUUAGAGUUUCUGGAAAGGGAACACAUCAAACUAGUAUCUAUAGAUAGUAAAGCUAUAGUAGAUGGGAAUCUAAAACUGAUCCUGGGGCUAAUAUGGACCCUUAUCCUGCACUACUCCAUCUCCAUGCCCAUGUGGGAGGAUGAGGAUGAUGAAGAUGCCAGAAAACUGACGCCCAAACAGCGUCUUCUAGGCUGGAUCCAGAAUAAGGUCCCCCAGCUGCCCAUCAACAACUUCCACAGGGACUGGAGAGAUGGCAAAGCGCUGGGAGCCCUGGUGGAUAAUUGUGCCCCUGGCCUGUGUCCGGACUGGGAGACAUGGGACCCAAGUCAGCCAGUGGAGAACGCAAGAGAGGCCAUGCAACAGGCUGAUGAUUGGCUUGGUGUGCCUCAGGUGAUUGCUCCAGAGGAAAUUGUUGAUCCCAAUGUAGAUGAACAUUCAGUGAUGACCUACCUGUCUCAAUUCCCCAAAGCCAAGCUCAAACCUGGUGCACCACUGCGCUCUAAAACCCUGCACCCCAAGAGAGCCAAGGCCUAUGGACCGGGUAUUGAGCCAAGAGGUAAUGUGGUAUUAAGGCCAGCAGAGUUUGUGGUGGAGACUGUGGAGGCAGGGCUUGGAGAGGUGUUGGUGUACAUAGAGGAUCCAGAGGGUCACACUGAAGAGGCCAGAGUAAUUCCCAAUAAUGACAGGAACAGGAGCUACUCUGUGGUCUAUGUCCCAAAAGUAGAGGGUCUGCAUAAGGUGAAGGUGUUGUUUGCUGGACAGGACAUCGAUCGUAGCCCUUUCCUGGUAAAUGUGUCUAAAGCUCUGGGAGACCCAAACAAGGUGCAGGCCCGUGGGCCAGGUCUGGAGCCAGUGGGCAAUGUGGCCAACAAACCCACCUACUUUGACAUCUACACAGCAGGUGCCAGAGCAGGUGAUGUCAGUGUGAUUAUUGUGGACUCUCAGGGCCGUCGAGACACAGUGGAGAUAAUUCUGGAAAAUAAGGGUGACAGCGUUUUUCGCUGCACCUACAGCCCCAUUCUGGAGGGCCCUCACACUAUUUAUGUGACAUUCGCUGGCCAGCAAAUACCAAGAAGCCCAUUCACUGUCCACAUUUCAGAGGCAAGUAACCCAAAUGCUUGUCGGGCCAUCGGGCGUGGCUUGCAACCCAAGGGUGUGCGCGUGAAGGAAGUGGCCGACUUUAAGGUGUACACAAAGGGAGCGGGCAGCGGAGAAUUACGCGUCCAGGUCAAAGGGCCAAGAGAUGGUGAGGAGCCCGUCAAGGUGCAAGAGCUGGGAGAUGGCGUGUAUGAGUGUGAUUACUACCCCAUUUUCCCUGGAAAAUACAUCAUCACCAUUACUUGGGGUGGCCACGCCAUCCCCCGCAGCCCGUUUGAGGUGUUCGUGAGUGAAGAUGCAGGGCCUCAGAAGGUUAGGGCAUGGGGUCCGGGCUUGGAGACGGGUAUGGUGGGAAAAUCUGCUGACUUUGUGGUUGAGGCCAUUGGCACGGAGGUUGGCACUUUGGGUUUUUCCAUUGAGGGCCCCUCACAGGCCAAGAUAGAGUGUGAUGACAAAGGAGAUGGGUCGUGUGAUGUUCUGUACUGGCCCACUGAGCCAGGUGACUAUGCGGUCCAUGUCAUCUGUGAUGAUGAAGAUAUUAAAGACAGCCCAUUUAUGGCCCACAUCCUCCCUGCAGCCAAUGAUGUCUUUCCUGAGAAGAUUAAGUGUCACGGCCCUGGGUUGGAGCCAACUGGAUGCAUCGUAAAUAAACCUGCAGAGUUUACAAUUGACGCCUGUGGAGCCGGUAGAGGGCAUCUACAGAUUUAUGCUCAGGACGCUGAAGGUUUCCCCAUCAACAUCCAGAUCACAGACAAUGGUGACAGCACAUAUUUCUGUGUGUAUAUACCAAACAAGCCCAUGAAACACACUAUCAUCAUCACCUGGGGGGAGGUCAAUGUUCCCAACAGUCCGUUCAGGGUGACCAUUGGAGAAGGCAGUCACCCAGAGAAUGUGAAGGUACAUGGACCAGGGGUGGAGAAAACUGGCUUAAAGGCCAAUGAACCCACAUAUUUUACGGUGGACUGCAGCGAGGCUGGGCAAGGAGAUGUCAGCAUUGGGAUUAAGUGCGCUCCUGGUGUGGUGGGACCUGCCGAAGCAGAUAUCGAUUUUGAUAUAAUUAAAAAUGACAACGACACAUUCACAGUGAAGUACACGCCCCCCGGAUCCGGACGCUACACCAUCAUGGUGCUGUUUGCUGAUCAGGAAAUUCCCAUCAGUCCCUUCCGUAUCAAAGUCGACCCAUCCCAUGAUGCUAAUAAAGUGAAAGCAGAAGGCCCCGGUCUCAACAAGACAGGUGUGGAAGUCGGCAAGCCAACACACUUCACAAUCUACACUAAAGGAGCAGGCAAGGCCACCCCUGAGGUUCACUUCACUGCAGCUGGGAAAGGAGAAGCUGUUAGUGACUUUGAGAUUAUUGAUAACCACGACUAUUCUUUUACUGUGCGCUACACUGCAGUACAGCAGGGUAACUUGAGUGUCUCUGUGUGCCAUGGUGGUGACCCCAUCCCCAAAAGCCCUUUUACCAUCACUGUUGCUCCUCCUUUGGAUCUCAACAAGGUCAAAGUUCAAGGACUCAACAACAAAGUGGAUGUAGGGAAAGAUCAGGAGUUCACCAUUAAUACACGUGGUGCUGGAGGCCAAGGAAAGUUGGACGUCAAGAUUACCUCACCCUCUCGCCGACCAAUCCCAUUCAAGGUGGAAUCUGGCACAUCUAAUGAGAUUCACACUGUUAAGUACAUUCCCCCAGAGGAAGGGCCCUACAAAGUGGACAUCAGCUAUGACGGAAACCCUGUGCCAGGAAGUCCGUUCACGGUGGAAGGGGUGAUGCCUCCUGAUCCCUCUAAGGUGCGAGCCUAUGGCCCUGGUCUUCAGGGAGGCAUUGUUGGUAAACCCGCUCCAUUUGCCAUAGACACCAAAGGUGCAGGUACGGGGGGUCUUGGACUGACUGUUGAGGGUCCGUGUGAAGCCAAAAUUGAGUGCCAGGAUAAUGGAGACGGCUCUUGCUCUGUGUCCUAUCUGCCCACCGAGCCUGGAGAGUACUCCAUCAACAUCCUGUUCGCUGAUGCCCACAUCCCUGGUUCCCCUUUCAAAGCCAUAGUACAGUCCGUUUUCGAUCCCAGCAAGGUCACAGCUAGUGGACCGGGGCUGGAAAGGGGAAAAGUCGAUGAGGCGGCAUCAUUCACGGUGGACUGCUCCAAAGCAGGGGAAGCAGAGCUGACCAUUGAGAUUAUUUCAGAUUCAGGAGCACAGGCAGAGGUGCAUGUCCAGAAAAAUAGUGAUGGAACAUAUUCCAUCACAUACAUCCCUCCUUUCCAUGGUAUGUACACCAUCACAAUUAAAUAUGGAGGACAAGCAGUGCCCAAGUUCCCUGCACGGGUACAAGUAGAUCCGGCUCUCGACACCAGUGGAAUCAAGGUCUACGGUCCAGGAGUAGAGCCCAAAGGUGUACUCCGAGAGGUCACUACUCACUUUGUCGUUGACACCCGGGUUUACAACAAGAUGGGGGGAAGCCACAUCAAAGCUCGUAUCGUUAACUCCUCUGGUGCCAACACAGAUGCGUACAUCACAGACAAAGGAGAUGGCACUUACAGAGUGGAGUACACAGCAUAUGAGGAUGGUGUGCAUCUGAUAGAGGUGUUAUAUGAUGAUGUUCCUGUCCCCAAGAGCCCGUUCAGGGUGGUGGUAACUGAAGGUUGCGAUCCCAGCCAUGUACGUGCCUAUGGCCCGGGUCUGGAAGAAGGUCUUGUCAAUAAACCGAACCGCUUUACAGUGGAGACAAGGGGUGCUGGUACAGGUGGACUUGGUUUGGCAAUCGAGGGUCCAUCAGAAGCCAAGAUGUCUUGUAAAGAUAACAAAGAUGGCAGCUGUAGUGUGGAGUAUAUCCCAUUCACUCCUGGAGAAUAUGACGUCAACAUCACUUUUGGAGGCCAGCCAAUUCCAGGAAGUCCAUUCAGGGUGCCUGUAAGGGAGCUAGUCGACCCCAGCAAGGUGAAGUGCUCUGGUCCAGGCCUGGGCAGUGGAGUCAGAGCCCACGUCCCUCAAACCUUCACUGUGGACUGCAGCAAGGCUGGCCUCGCCCAACUGGAGGUUCUACUGUACGGACCCACAGGAAUGGUAGAGCCGCUGAAUAUCACAGACAAUGGUGAUGGUACACACACUGUGAUCUACACACCCGCUAAAGAUGGACCUUACACUGUGUGUGUGAAGUAUGCAGACCAAGAGGUGCCUCGCAGUCCAUUUAAAAUCAAGGUUUUGCCUGCUCAUGAUGCCAGCAAAGUUCGUGCCAGUGGUCCCGGUCUGAAUGCAUCUGGAGUGCCCGCCAGCCUGCCUGUGGAAUUUACCAUUGAUGCCCGUGACGCAGGGGAGGGGCUUCUUACUGUACAGAUACUGGACCCAGAGGGGAAGCCUAAGAAAGCCAACAUUCGGGAUAACAGAGACGGGACAUACACCGUGUCCUACGUCCCAGACAUGACAGGACGCUAUACUAUUACAAUCAAAUAUGGUGGUGAUGAGAUCCCAUACUCCCCCUAUCGAAUCCAUGCUCUACCAUCUGGAGAUGCCAGCAAAUGCCAUGUGACAGUGUCUAUUGGGGGACACGGAUUGGGCUCUGGGCUUGGACCCACCAUUCAGAUCGGGGAGGAGACAGUUAUUACUGUUGAUGCAAAGGCCGCAGGGAAGGGGAAGGUCACUUGCAAAGUGUCGACACCAGACGGGGCGGAGCUGGACGUAGAUGUUGUGGAGAACUCAGAUGGAACUUUUGAUAUCUACUAUAAUGCACCAGAACCUGGGAAAUAUGUCAUCACUAUCCGCUUUGGAGGAGAGCAUAUUCCUAACAGUCCUUUCCAUGUGGUGGCAUCUGAUACCAUCCCAAUAAUUGAGGAACCAUGUGAUAAACUGCAGUUACAGCAGCCCUACGCCCCCUACCAGGGCUACACCCCUCACUGGGCCACAGAGGAGCCAAUCACUGCAGUGGACUGCAUGGAGCCCAUGCUCCGCCCAUUCAAUCUGGUCAUUCCAUUUACUGUUCAGAAGGGGGAGAUCACAGGUGAGGUCCGUAUGCCUUCUGGUAAAACUGCCCGUCCCCACAUCACUGAUAACAAGGACGGGACUGUGACGGUCAAAUACGCCCCCACUGAGAAAGGCCUACAUGAGAUGGACAUCAAAUAUGAUGGAAAUCAUAUACCAGGAAGUCCACUGCAGUUUUAUGUGGAUGCCAUUAAUAGUGGGCAUGUGAAUGCAUUCGGCCCUGGUCUGAGUCACGGCAUGGUCAACAAACCCGCUACCUUCACAAUCAUCACCAAGGAUGCCGGAGAAGGUGGUCUAUCUUUGGCAGUGGAAGGCCCCUCUAAGGCAGAGAUCAGCUGUAAGGAUAAUAAAGAUGGCACCUGCACUGUGUCCUACUUGCCAACUGCCCCAGGAGACUAUAAUAUAAUCGUCAAGUUUGAUGACAAGCACAUCGCUGGAAGCCCCUUUACAGCCAAGAUCACAGGUGAUGACUCCAUGAGGACGUCUCAGCUGAACGUUGGCACGGCCACAGAUGUGUCUCUAAAGAUCACAGAGACUGACCUGAGCUCUCUGACCGCGAGUAUCAGAGCACCAUCUGGCAAUGAGGAGCCCUGCCUACUGAAGAGACUGCCAAACAGACAUAUUGGAAUAUCCUUCACCCCUAAAGAGGUGGGCGAGCAUGUGGUCAGCGUGAAGAAGAAUGAAAAACAUGUGACCAACAGCCCAUUCAAGAUCAUGGUGGGCCAGUCGGAGAUCGGAGAUGCCAGUAAGGUGAAGGUGAUUGGGAAAGGUCUUAUUGAAGGACACACCUUUGAAGUGGCAGAGUUUGUAGUGGACACCAGGAGUGCAGGUUAUGGAGGUCUUGGUCUGUCCAUCGAGGGGCCAAGCAAAGUGGACAUAAACUGUUCAGAUGUGGAUGAUGGAACAUGUAAAGUGACCUACUGCCCAACCGAACCUGGAACGUACAUCAUCAACAUCAAAUUUGCAGACCAGCAUGUGCCAGGAAGUCCAUUUACGGUGAAGGUUCAGGGCGAGGGACGAAUGAAGGAGAGCAUCACCAGAAAGAGGCAGGCACCCUCCAUUGCCACAGUGGGCAGUACUUGCGACCUCAACCUUAAGAUUCCAGGAAACUGGUUUCAGAUGGUGUCAGCCCAAGAACGUCUCACUCGUACCUUCACACGCAGCAGCCACACCUACACGCGCACAGAACGCACUGAGAUUAGCAAGACCCGCGUGGGCGAGACCAAACGGGAGGUGCGGGUGGAGGAGAGCACCCAGGUGGGGGGUGACCCCUUCAGAGACGUUUUCGGUGGAUUCCUGGGCAGGGAGAAUCUGGGUCCCUUCAGUGGCAUCCAGGCCCGACAGUCAGAGGGUGAGACAGGAACUCAGGAGAUGACCGCACAGGUGACGAGUCCCAGCGGUAAGACAGGAGAUGCUGAGAUCAUAGAAGGAGAAGACAGCACCUAUAGUGUGCGCUUUGUGCCUCAAGAGAUGGGUCCCCACACUGUCAAUGUCAAAUACAGGGGCCAGCAUGUCCCUGGAAGCCCCUUCCAGUUCACUGUGGGGCCCCUGGGAGAGGGAGGUGCCCACAAGGUUCGGGCCGGUGGUACUGGACUGGACAGGGGAGUGGCUGGAGUUCCUGCUGAGUUCAGUAUCUGGACACGGGAAGCCGGUGCUGGCGGUUUGUCCAUAGCAGUUGAAGGGCCCAGCAAAGCCGAGAUUUCCUUUGAAGACAGGAAGGACGGGUCUUGUGGAGUGGCCUACGUAGUGCAAGAACCUGGUGACUACGAGGUGUCAAUCAAAUUUAACGAUGAGCACAUCCCAGACAGCCCUUUUAUCGUUCCUAUUGCGUCACUGUCAGAUGACGCACGCCUCCUCACCAUCACCAGCCUGCAAGAAAUGGGUUUGAAGGUUAAUCAGGAGGCCUCGUUUGCAGUGCAGCUGAAUGGAGCAAAAGGGGCGAUUGAUGCAAAGGUUCACACACCCUCCGGAGCAUUAGAAGAGUGUUACAUAACUGAACUAGACAAUGAUAAACAUGCAAUACGGUUUAUUCCACGAGAGAACGGCGUCCACUCCAUCGACGUCCGUUUUAACGGGAGUCACAUCCCGGGCAGUCCUUUCAAGAUCCGUGUAGGGGAACCUGGCCAGGUGGGAGACCCAGGAAUGGUGACUGCUUUUGGACCUGGACUGGAGGGGGGAACUACAGGUGUACCAUCAGACUUUAUUGUAAACACAUGUAAUGCGGGGUCAGGAGCUCUCUCUGUCACCAUUGACGGCCCCUCGAAAGUGAAGAUGGAUUGUCAAGAGUGUCCGGAAGGAUACAAGGUCACCUACACACCCAUGGCCCCCGGCAGCUACCUCAUCUCCAUCAAAUACGGAGGACCGCAGCAUAUUGUGGGCAGCCCCUUCAAAGCCAAAGUCUCUGGUGCACGUCUGUCUGGUGGUCAUUCUCUGCAUGAAACAUCAUCAGUGCUGGUGGAGACCGUGACAAAAUCAUCCUCAGUGGCUGGAUCUUUCUCCUCUUUGCCAAAGUUCUCAUCCGAUGCCAGUAAGGUGGUCUCUAGGGGGGCCGGACUCUCCAAAGCCUUCAUCGGCCAGAAGAACACCUUCACUGUAGACUGCAGUAAAGCAGGAACUAACAUGUUAAUGGUAGGAGUGCAUGGGCCAAAGACUCCAUGCGAGGAAGUGUACGUCAAACACAUGGGCAACAGAAUGUACAACGUCACAUACACAGUAAAGGAGAAAGGAGACUAUAUUCUGAUAGUUAAAUGGGGUGAAGAAAUGGUGCCUGGAAGCCCCUUCCACGUCACAGUGCCUUAAAUAGACUCUUUUUAGACCUUCUUCACUAUGCAAAGACUGCUGUUCGUUUGGAGAAAGAGAUGGGACUCACCGACAUUGUUGUGCCAAACCUUUUAAUGACAUAUUAACUUAAUGCGUAUUCCAAGCAAUCAAGAAGAUGUAUUUUGCUUGUUAUCUGCAAGCUUCUGUGCCAAAUGUCUUCUAUAAUAUACCAUCUUCUAUAAUGUUUUUGUCAAGAACAUUUUGUAUUACAUAAUUUUUUGAGGUUGUGAGAAUAGAGAAUGUUUAAAGUGACUGAUGAAACAGGUUUGCACUGCCUAGCAGCUGCUGUACUGAAGCAAAGAUGCGAACAAGGCUUACAUGUAAUCUAAAUCAUGCCUACCCUUUUACCCGAUAUAGUCCAGACCAUUUGCAUACAUAAUUGAACAGAUGAUCCAUUUAAUCUUUUUUAUCUAUUGCUAAAACUGGUCUUAUUUUUAUGAUGGAAUAACAUGAUUUAUUCUCUACAACACUAAAGAAUGAGUCUGGACCAGGUCUGAAGUCACUCCCAGUUGUAGGCUUAUUUUGAGCAGCGAUUAUGCCUGAUGUUUAUGUCCUAGUCUAGGCUAACAGGGUCUAAACUGGUCCUAGGUGGCCUGAUGCUCCGGCAGACUGGGUUUGCGUGAUUGUUCAGAUGAGAUUUUUGUACCAAGCAGCGAAGCAAAAACCGUUAAGCAUGUGAAUGUUUGAAAAUCCAGUUUUUAUGGUGACACAAUGUUAAAGAGCGACAUUUUAUAGUUAUUUUAUAUGUAUGUGGGUAUGAAAUAGAAAUGUAUGGAGAAACACUAAUUGUUUGAUAUUUUAACCUACUGUUUGGUAAAACUGUGCUGGCAUAUUAAAGUUUUAAUUGCUAACUUGCAGUUGAUGUCCAUAUUCUAUUCUGUUCUAUUCUCUUCUGAACUAUUAACUUUACUAUUAAUGCAAUUCUGCAGCUUUUAAAAUAUGUUCUGGAAUAGUUUGAGGUUUUUUUUUGUGGUUUAGAUGUUGUUUCAGAUUAAUACCUCACUCUUCAGUUAUUUUAUACUGAGAAAACCAAUUAAAACAACAGUAUAACCCAUAAGAGACUAGUCCAUCCACCACUGCCUGUUUUUCAUUCCCCUCAAAAAAUGUAUAUGGCACCGCUCUGAAUAAGGUCCAUAGAUUGUUGACCCAGAAAGUACUCAGAAAUAAUACUCCAUUAAAAGUACAAGUAUCUAGCCAAACACAUAAUUGAGUGAAACAAAAAAAGUAUUCACAAUACAUUUUUCUAAAGUAUUAGAAAAUAAACUUUUUUCCUAGUUAGAAUGAAAUCAAGAGAGGAGAUUGUAUGAGAGAGGAUGUUAUUAA